UAGAUAUGGCCAAUGCGUUGUAAUUUUCUCGUUUCUGUUAAUCGAGGCGGUAAAGGAAUCCGUCGUUUUUGUUAUCGUACGACUAAAAAUCCGCUUUUGGGAUGUGUUCUAAAGGAAAUAUCGGACUUUGAGGUCAUGAAUCACAUGGGGGUGGGGAGCAGGUGGCAUUCCCACAGCUGAUGUCGACGUCUUGGAUUUGGUUUUCUUGGGUUGCUUCCUUCUCUAGUUAUUUAAUUCUCACACGCUGCUGCUGUCAUUAAUGGCGAAUUGGGGGGUUACAGUUGUUGCUGGUGAUUUGCUGGACGUCUUCGUUUCCCUGUGAGGCACCUGCAGCUGUUCAAUGCAUAAACGGAAAACAGAGGGAAAAAGCUCACACGGACUUGGGAAAGGAGAUUUUGGCUUGCUAAUAGAGAAGGAUGGUCCCUUACUAGAAGCAGGAUCAACCCAAGUUCGCCAAUCUUUGUGUCCCAGGUUAGUGUCUUGUGUGCUGCUCCAUCAUGACAAUGGCAAAUAUAAACUUGGAAGGGCAAUAAACCACCGUGAGAUGAACAUGCUGUAUUUUCUAGUUUGGAGAAGACAGCCACUCGAACAUUAAAUUUAUUGGCUUAUGCAUCAAACAGCCAAAAUUUAGUGGAAGAUGCAGUUAGAUCCAAAGAACAUCUCCAUUCAAUAAUCAGAUCAACUUUCAUAAUUAGAUCAUCAGUACUGAGAAAAAUCUUGCACAAUAUUUUGUUGACUCGGGAGAAGUUAGUUGUGGCUUUCAUGCUAUCUAUUAUGGAGAUGGUUCUGUGUUAAACAUCCCUGCUAACAUGACCGCUACUUGUUGUCUUUAAAAGCUCAAUGCAUAGGAAAGCUGCACAAAGCAUAAACCAUACUGGGUGAUUUCUUUUUCGAAUAUUCACCUGAGGUUCAGUUAGGAAAAAUAAUUGGAAUUCCUUCAGUUAAAAGGAUAUCUAAUUCUGUAGAAGGAUUUAUGCAGAAAAUGGGCCUUUUGGAAGUCUCAUUGCCGAUUGAUCCAGUCAAGCAAGAUGUUGGUACAGAAGAAAGUAGACUAAGAUUAGUCAGAACCAGAGAGACGCGGUCCUCAAAUUUGGUACACUCUCCUAAGACUUAUAGAUCAUUGUUACAAGGAUCUGAAGCAAAAUUCUCUCAAGAGUUGAUCUUUUCUUGCUCAAGUACCAGAUCAACUUCCUCUGACCUGUCUGCUUCACCGGCACAUAGCUUUGUCACCUCAGCGCUUGUUUACUGUGUCUGGGAAAGUAGCAUGCCUUAUUUCUUAUUUGUUGUAGAUGAUGAUGGAGGUGAAGUAUAUGUGGCUCAUCCUCUGAAGAUUAGUCCCUCUGUUGAUAAGUCCCUGGAUUACAUUUAUCUGUUCCAUUCAUGGAAAGCAAGCAGAACUGCAUCAAACAAAAAUGUUUCUAAUGCUUCACAUGUUGUUGGAAAGAUGAAGGUAUCGAGUUCUUUAAUUGUGAAUUCCAGAAGAUCUAAAUUCAUGGAAAUUGAGUUUGUUUUAUUUGGUGCCAAUGAAGAAUAUUCGAAAGAAAAGGAAAAGCCAUUAUCAAAUGUCAAGAAAAGUAAUGGGCAAUCCAAAAAGGUGGUUGAGAUGUUUAGGCCAAGUCAUUCAUCCAUGCACAAUCCUAAACUUAAGUUUGGCGAAUCAGGUUCUCGGUUUGAGGACCUGUGGCAAUUUUUUUCUAAUGAGUUACAAACUAUUUAUGAAUCAGAUUGUGCAGAUCAGCUCACAAAUGGUUUCCCACCUAAUCUUGAAUUGGCGGCAAUAGUUGUCGGAGAUCACAGAUAUAAUAGCUCAAAAGAUGUAGCUUUUGGUGGUUGGGGCCUCAAAUUCCUUGAGAAAGUUGAACUCAAUGAUGCUGAUUUUUCUCAAGGGCUGCCAUCAUCUUCUUCCAAAAGUUGUAAAGAGAAAUCCGAAAGUGAUAGGAAGAAGACUGCCAGGAAUGUGACUGUUUUAGUUCCGGAUGGAUUUCACGGAGGACCAGUUGCCGAAUUUGGUGGUCCUUCUAAUCUUAUUGAUAGAUGGAAGACAAAUGGACAUUGUGACUGUGGGGGGUGGGAUGCUGGGUGUCCUAUAAAAGUACUAAACAAUGAGUCUAACAGUUCAAAGAUUUUGCCCCAGGCAGAGAUGGGAGAGGAUCACAAGUCAUUUGAACUAUUUAUAGAGGGUCAUAAGCAUGGAGAACCUGCUUUCCAAUUGUUGAAUGUGAGCAAAGACACAUACGUCGUUAAUGUUCAGCCAACUCUAUCGGCUCUUCAGUCUUUCUCCAUAGGAGUUGCAGUCAUCCAUUCCCAGACACCAGAUCUGUAUCCAAAUUUGUGAUUUAUGGAAGUUCUGAAAGGAUAUGAUCCUAAUCUUUUUGAAAAAUGCAAAGUGAUCACCCAUUGGUCCCCAAUCCAUAUCUGGCACAAUUCUGGCACAACUGGACAACAAAAGGAAUCCAUCCCCCCCACACACACCCCACAUCAUAGUUUUGUAGUGUUUGCUUGGUCUUCUCAUGUCUCUAUAGCAAAAGUAAUUGUGCCUCAAUGGAAAGCUGUGCGCACAUGUGGAAUCCAUCAAAGGAGGAACACUAUGUGGAAUCUCUAGAAGAAAGGGUUGCAUAUUGUAAGGCAUAAGCAUAAGAUCUGGUUGUGAAAAUGACAUGAAUUC